AUGGUAAAACGGGGAGAGUUUGUGAACGCUCCUUUGGGGACACGCAUCUUUAAUCCAAGCACUUGUGUGACACUCUCAGGAAUUAGUAACAAAUCUUCACUGUCUGCCUGGCCAAGCCAUAUUGUUUCUCAGGGACAGUAUGUGACCCUUACUUGUGACACUCACAGUGAGUCUAAUAUGUUCAAGCUGUACAAAGAACAUGGAACUCCUAUUCCUCAGUUCCAUAACAGAAUAUUCCAGAAAAGACUUCUUUUGGGACCUGUGACUCCAGCAUAUGCAGGAACCUACAGAUGCUGUAAUUAUAAACCUCAAUUCCAUAAUGAAAUUUCAUCAUACAGUGACCCUCUGAAGAUCAUCAUUUCAGGAAUCUACAGGAAGCCUUUUCUCUUGGCUCUACCAACUCCCCUGGUAAAAUUAGGAGAGAAGGUGACACUGAAGUGCCAUUCAGAGAUUAUGUUUGAUACUUUCACUUUGACUUCACAUAGAAUGGGAGUAAUCAAGGACUCUUUCCAGCUCUCUGCAGAAUCUCAUCUUGGGAUGUCCCAUGCCAACUUCCCAAUAGGUCCUGUGGCACCUGACCAUGCUGGGACUUACACAUGCUAUGGUUCUUACCACCAAACACCAUAUGAGUGGUCUGAUUCCAGUGACUCUGUUGACAUAAAGAUCACAGGUUUAUACAAGAAACCUACUCUGUCAGCCAUGAUGGGCCCUGUGGUGAUGCCAGGGGAGAACAUGACCUUGUCCUGCACCUCUGACCAUCAUUUUGACAUGUUCCAUCUGUCCAGGAAAGGGAUGCCUCAGGUACUUGGACUGCCUGCAGUUCAGAGUCACAAUGGAACAUUCCAUGCCAACUUCCUUCUUGAUCCUGUGAUACAGGAAGAGAACUAUAGAUGCUAUGGCUCUUUCAGGAACUCCUGCAAUGUGUGGUCAUCCCCAAGUGACCCAUUUUACCUUCCUGUCAUAGCAGAUAAUCAUGGACUCCUGCAUAUUCUGAUUAGAGUGUUAUUUUUCAUGAUGGCUGUCUUCCUCAUGUUCAUCAUUCAUUCUCAGUGUUCUGCCAAAAGGAAUAAAUAUCGGGAAGGAGUCACCAUCUAUGACAAAGAAGGACAUGCAACAGGUAGGCCCUCAUGUACCCACCCUCUUCUGUAUAUGAUAAACUCACUGAUUAAAGAUUCCCAACCUAAA